CCCGGCCGAAAGAAACCAACAAGCGUGUGCCGGGCCAGGAAGGAAGACAGCACUUCACCAACCAAGAGAAAUCUCCUCGCCUCAAGCAACACUCGACUUGUAGGCUGGCCUCGGCCACAUCGAUCUCUCGGCCUCUCGAGUAGGAGUACCAGUGGACAGUGGUGGCGGGGCCGAAUGGUGGUCUCCGUGAGCGCAGGCGGUGGCGUGGCGGACGGGUUGCCGACUUUGGGUUCUUCGGCCUCUCCUGCCCAUUCUUGGCCCGCUUGAUGAUGCCCAGGUUUUUCGUGUUGCUGGUCUGGUCUAUGAGCUGGAAGUGACUGUCCAGUUGUCGGUCAGGGAAAUCAAAAUGUCAACGAGUGAAAACUUACGGGUGGAGUUAUUGUCCAGGACUCCGCCUUUUGGUUUGAGACUAUGGGUUGUGCUUGGCAUAAGCAUUUGGGCUGCCAUUCUGUUUGUCCUAGGCCUCAUAUGCUUCCUGUUGAUAUACUGGAGGAGACGAGGGAAUCAUCAUGAUAUUGCUGAACCUGAGAUCCCAGAUGUCACCAAAGAGAUUGCAGUAGAUGAAGUUGGUAGCCGAGCUUUCGUGGACAACAUCUGUGCUCCAGAAAGUCACAUCUUUCCAGUGAAGGAGAGAGAUCCAGAGAAAGAAUCGCAGAGAAUGUCUGCUCACUUGAUUACGAGCAAAUCAAUUGAUGAUCAUAAUUUGAUUGAGUGCAGCUCAGUGCACCAAUAUGAUAGGUCCCAGGGGUUAUACUCUGGUGAUGAAGGCAGUUCAGCAUAUGAUAAGAGGGAAUACUCUCAGUGUGGCACCAUGUCCAUGUCUCCUCGGGGGGGUCUCCCAGAGUUCUCUCACCUGGGUUUGGGUCAUUGGUAUACUCUCAGAGAGUUGGAGCAUUCAACAAAUGGGUUCUCUAACGAGUAUAUCAUUGGAGAGGGCGGAUAUGGGGUUGUUUAUCAUGGCUGUCUUGUAAAUGGAACUGAUGUUGCAAUCAAAAAACUUUUUAAUAACGUGGGCCAGGCAGAGAAAGAGUUCAGGGUCGAAGUUGAGGCCAUUGGUCAUGUUAGGCAUAAGAAUCUGGUGCGACUUCUGGGUUACUGUGUCGAGGGAAGCCACAGGAUGCUUGUCUAUGAAUACAUCAGCAACGGUAACUUAGAACAGUGGUUGCAUGGUGCGAUGCGUCAACAAGGUGUUCUUACCUGGGAAGCCCGCAUAAAAAUUACCCUUGGCAUUGCUAAAGCACUGGCUUAUUUGCAUGAAGGCAUAGAGCCGAAAGUUAUUCACCGUGAUAUCAAAUCAAGUAAUAUCCUUAUCGACGAAGAAUUCAAUGGAAAACUUUCUGACUUUGGAUUAUCUAAGCUCUUGGGCGAAGGGAAGAGCCAUAUAACUACUCGAGUUAUGGGGACUUUUGGCUAUGUAGCCCCUGAAUACGUAAAUACUGGACUGCUAAAUGAAAAGAGUGACGUGUACAGUUUUGGGGUACUACUCUUGGAAGCGGUGACUGGAAGGGAUCCUGUUAACUACAGCCGGCCUGCUAAGGAGGUCCAUAUGGUGGAGUGGCUUAAACUGAUGGUUGGCAGCAGGAGAGCAGAGGAGGUGGUUGAUCCUGAAAUGGAGGCUAAACCAACUAAACAGGCUCUCAAGCGUGCUCUCCUAGUCGCGCUCAAGUGUGUAGACCCCGUUGCUGACAGAAGGCCUACUAUGGGUCAGGCCGUUCGUAUGCUCGAAGCAGAGGAUGUGCUAUCACGGGAGGAACGGAGGAAGAGCCGGCUGGCGCAUGUCGAUGGUGGAGACACCUGACCUGGGUUAGCAGUCCAAGUCGAGGUCGUGUGUGUUGAAAUCGCUUGCGGUAAGAAAGAUCAUCUGGCCAUCUGGGAUGCAAAGUGUGAAUAAAGCUUUCGCUGGAAAAAGAGAAGAUCAAAUAAGCCUUCUGCUUAUGAUUAUACUGGAUGGUAGAUUACUAUGAUGGGAAUUCACAUUCCACAAGAGUAAUUCCUGAUCGCGACUCUGAACUUCCAAAAGUCGCCGGAAGAGAAUGGCAUGAUUUACAUUUAAGACUUCAGAGCACAGCAUUUGAAUUUUCGAAAUGUACAGCAAGUAGGCUGAUAGCACUGGGCGAGGACUUGUUUGCCAAUACAUUUGUAUUUAUCUAUUUUUUUGGAACACAGUUGAUCAAGUCACUUAGUGUGUACAGACCACAGAUUGACAGAGACUUUGUGAUAGGCCAGUUUCUGAAAUGCAGCAUAAUUCAGAUUCUUAAGUGA